AUGGCCUUUUUCCCUUUUGCACAGGAAGCCGAGCAGCAGGAGAAGAAGUUUGACUGCACGGGCUACGACCACGAGCUGGUGGAGCUGCUGGAGCGGGACAUUCUGCAGCGGAACCCGAGUGUGCGCUGGGAUGACAUUGCGGACCUGCACGAGGCCAAGAAGCUGCUGGAGGAGGCCGUCGUGCUGCCCAUGUGGAUGCCAGACUUCUUCAAGGGCAUCCGCCGCCCUUGGAAGGGUGUGCUGAUGGUUGGGCCACCAGGCACUGGCAAGACCAUGCUGGCCAAGGCAGUGGCCACAGAGUGCAGCACGACAUUCUUCAAUGUCUCUUCAUCCACUCUCACCUCCAAGUACCGGGGCGAAAGUGAAAAGUUGGUGCGCCUGCUCUUUGAGAUGGCCCGGUUCCAUGCCCCCAGCACCAUCUUCAUUGACGAAAUUGAUUCCCUGUGUUCCCGAAGAGGCUCCGACUCGGAGCACGAGGCCAGCCGGCGUGUGAAAUCGGAGCUGCUCAUUCAGAUGGAUGGCAUCACCAACAAUGAGGACCCAGCCAAGGUGGUGAUGGUGUUGGCAGCCACCAACUUUCCCUGGGACAUUGAUGAAGCACUUCGCCGGAGGCUCGAGAAGCGCAUCUACAUUCCUCUGCCCAACAGUGCUGGGAGGGAGGCACUGCUGAGGAUCAACUUGAAGGAUGUUGAGGUCUGCCCCGAGCUUGACAUUAACCUCAUUGCGGAGCAACUGGAUGGCUAUUCCGGUGCUGUCACCAAUGUCUGCAGGGAUGCUUCAAUGAUGGCAAUGCGACGAAGAAUACAUGGUCUCACUCCAGAGGAAAUUCGCAACCUUACCAAGGAAGAGCUCGAACUUCCAGUUAGCCGAGAUGACUUCGAGGAGGCCAUACGCAAGAUCAACAAAUCAGUUAGCCGGGAGGAUCUGGAGAAGUAUGAGAAGUGGAUGUCUGAAUUCGGCUCAACCUAAUUGUCUUUUUACGUUCACUAGCACUCCUGUUUGCUAAACGCUUGCAGCCUAUCCGUCAUCCCUUCAAGGCUCUCACCGUGAAGGUCCAGUGUGCCUAUUGUUUUCAUCAAGAUUUUACGUGUGCUGCAACAUGCACAGUUUUCUCAAGUAUGUUAUCGACUGUUCUUUCGAGGCCUGCACUUGACGGCUAAGUGAGUGUUUAGCCAAUAAGUGUUGUGACACUUUGUAUGCAAUGAUCCCAGUGCACUACUCAUGUUUUGUGUUUGGUCCACUGUGAAGGCAUGCUCGAGCACGUCAAUGUGCGUUGCAGCCAUUGAGAUCUGUUCCAAAUAGAUAUCAGUGCUCGGGCUGCUUUCUUGUUGCCAGGUGCCUGGAGCUAAGCAGUAACGAUGUGGCCUGCUCCUGGCAUGAGCUUGACCAACUGAUGGUGGCCAAAUACAGUGAGCUGUUAAACUCUUUUUAAUAGCCGAUUUGGGUGGCUGUGUCGUCUGCUGCCACUGCCGCCACCAGUGUCUGUCACACCUAUCGCACGUGAAAGAGACAACAUUCAGUUCCUGCCAUAAUCAGACUUGACUAUGCUAUGAAGCUGCUUUGGAAAGAAAACCCUAUGGGCGGUCCUGUUGGGGCAAAAAGUCGCGCGUGCUGCUAUGCAAAUGCUACGAACGGAUACAUAGUAUUGCACCAGGCAUCAUACCAUGUGAAUUGCCAUAAUGUCCUCUAUAAUUUCAGUGCCCGGCAAGCCAUCAGCACAAUAGGAAAGUGCCAUUGGCGGAGUUACGCAGCUCCGCCACUAUACGCUGGGGGUGCCACUCAUGUAGGGCCGCUGGAAGGGUGGCGGUACGCAUAUUUUGUUGUUGUAUUGCAGUUCUCAAGUGUUCUGGGCGUUGGUCAUCUGGUCCUUGUUACUUGUGACGUGAAAAAUGAACCAUUUGACAUAAUUUUCACAAACAUGAUAGUUGGUCCUCCAGCGGCAAAAAUGGGGUGAUAACUGUGCCCGGCUUGGUCUUUCAGAAAUCCAAGUGCUGAUGUCAUGUCUCGAGAAAGCACUUGCAACGCCCUUUUCACAUUCAUUUUCUCGUUGUUGUUAGGAUAUACAUGCUUUCUGCUCAAGUUCCGCACUGGCUUGAGAAGCUGUUCUUUUUGCAUUUCAUACAGCUUCGUUUUGGUCGGCUGUCAUACGUUGGCGAAGCUAUCUUUUGCUUGGUGCUACGGCUACAAAUGCUUACAAGUGCACUUGAAAGUAAACAAUCACAGCAGCAAAAAAACGUUGCAGUGCGCGAUUGCCUAGGUGCAGCAGCGUGCAAUACAGUGGCAGAAGCGCCAAAAACCACAACAGACUUUACCUACGCGGGUGGCACCACGCCGCGUAGGAAUGCAGCGUAAUACCACGGUGGGUGAGAGGGAAGGAUGAUGGUGGCACAGAAAGUAUAGAGGAGGCCUCUGUGGAAUUGCUUAACAAGGGGGGGCUUUAAAGUCGUCUACCCAGCGCAAAGGGCUCAGCCAUGAUGAUCACUUUGUGCAGCAACAUAGAUGCAGAUAUGUCUUUGCAGUCACAUAGCAAAACUGCAAGCGCCAAGCCACAUGAUUUGUGUAAUAGGUGGAAGCUUAAGGCUGUGCAGCCAUUACAAAGGGCUGUGCUGUAGUUAAUUAUUAUUAUUAGCAGCAGUAGCAUUAUUAGCGGCCUUCCAUCUCGCAAGGUGUCAUGCCAGGUCAACUGCACCAUGUGUGGGUGCAAUAAAGCUGCCUAACCAUUACAGACACCUGUACCACAGUUCUUUAUAGUCAUAAGCUAGAGCAGCUACGUAGCUGCAAACAUUGUGUGGCAGAUGCUAGUCUGGGACUACAAAGAGUGACCUUCCGUAUAUUGCCGAUUAUAAGUCGACCCCCCCAACUUGCAACCCCUUAACCCCUUCUAGGGCAAAAAAAAGUUGACUUCGAACACAGCCUCAUGCUGCGGCCAUAGCUCACCAAUAAGUUUUUCAGAAGAGGGAGUGAUGCAAAGAAACAUUUAUUUGCCCGUGAAACAUUGCUUACGACUCGUCGUCGCUUGAGAGAAGGACGCAGUCACGGUCAUUGCCAUCAUGUGAGCCACUGCUGCUGCUCGCCGUCGGAACGGGUGCCGGUGGUACUGAGAUGCCGCACGUGGAAAACGCCGCGUGGACCAUGUCGGUUGGCAGUCCAUACCAGGCAUCGUUGACACAUUUCUUGGAUACUUCAAACUCGGUUUGCGGGAUGCACAUAUCCUUCGCCACAGUUCGGGCUUUUGCUUCAAUAUCAUUGUAGCGAACACUCAGGCUCUUGCUUCUCUGGUCAUGAACCCAAUCUGGAACCGUCUCCUCAAUGGCAGGGUAUCGUCCAGACUUUGGUCCGCGAAAGGAACAGCGUGUAGCAGCGCACGCGAAGAUCUUGGUCCUUUGUUUCUCCAUUCCCUCAUGCACUUUUCCGACACAUCAAACUUGCGCCCUGCUUCAACGUUGCUUUCCGACUCUGCAUAGAGGAUUGCUUGCCUCUUGAAAGCAGCGCUGUACUGUUGCCAACGUAGCAGUGGCAUCUUGGCGUCCGUUUGGCAGCGUCGCAAAUUGCGCACACCACUGCUCGCAAGCGAAGCGAAAUGCAGAAAUGGCGAACAGGUGUGAGUGCAAAAAGACGUGAAGACGCUUGUGGGCUCAUGUGACUGGUCAUGUGGUUUAGUUCCCCGCAAAGUGUUGCCAGCCAACACGGCGCUGCCAGCUUUUCUGUGAAACGCCGAUGGUUUGUCAACGAAUCGUUUCUAUUGUAUGAAAACAAAACUGCAGGGCGCAUCGCAAGGUAAAUUCCUCUUUAUUCAUAGAGCAUCGCUCGCCCUCUAUCAAAGGUUUGAAAUGGCUUUCGAGACCGUGUUUCCCAAGCAGUUCGCAUUAAUGCCGCGCGGCGGUGAUUUUUAAACGCGCUCCGUAGUUUCGCCUCGCGUGGUUUCGCUAUAGUUUCGCGAUCAUUGUGGCAGGUCACAAAAAUGUCCGGCUCCGGAAGCGGCGCGCGCGUUGAGAGAUAGCUAUUGCCGCGACUCCGCUGCCUCUGCGGCUGAUGUUAUCGAUGCGUCGAAUAGCAGAAAAUUAAAGGACGACGACCUUUCGUCGGACCCCACAGAUAAGUCGACUUUACGAUUCCGCGUAUAGGUCGACCCCCGAACUUUGGAAGGUCAUUUUAUAAAAAAAACGUCGACUUAUAAUCGGCAAUAUACGGUAAUACAGUUAUGCUCAUUUUUCAGCUGUUAGUACAUUCCCACAAAACACGAUUAUUUGGCACCAACAUUUUGUUUAUUACCAAACUACAGUUGUAUAAGCCUGUGCAGUUGAGAGCAGUGGUCGCUCACUGCGGCAGCUUUCCUGCAGUAUUGGCCCACCCGCUCUUCCUACGCUAGCAAAUCACCGAACCGAUCGUUACACACCGCACUCGCAGCUAUCUUAUUAUUAGGUUACAUGGUGCCACAGGCCUUGUUUGUCCAAGAGUUGCAGAAAAAAAUAAAAUUUUCAAAACCAUUG